UCUUAUUAUUUGGGAUUUGGGUAGAGAUGGGACAUAGCUCUCGCUGCUUGAGACUUAUCUGUUCUUCUCUGACCCAGUCCUCUCCUGUUCUCCAGCAUGGUGAGUCUGUGGCUCCGUGGAAGCUCCUGCAUGGCACGUCUGACAAUGAUGCUGAUGACACUGAUCCUUCCCAUGGCUUUGGCCAGGGACACCAGAUCACGUUUCUUGAAGCAAGAUUCAUUUGAGUGUUACUUUUCCAAUGGGACGGAGCGGGUACGGUUGCUACACAGACACAUCUAUAACCGGGAGGAGGUCGCGCGCUUCGACAGCGACGUGGGGGAGUACCGCGCGGUGACUGAGCUGGGGCGGCCGGACGCCGAGUACUGGAACAGACAGAAGGACCUCCUGGAGCAGAGGCGGGCUGCAGUGGACACGUUCUGCAGACACAACUACGGGGUUGGUGAGAGCUUCAUUGUGGAGCGGAGAGUUAAGCCAAAGGUGACUGUGUAUCCCACGAAGAUGCAGCCCUUACACCACCACAAUCUCCUGGUCUGUGCAGUGAGUGGCUUCUACCCAGGCCAAAUUGAAGUCAGGUGGUUCCGAAAUGGCCAGGAGGAGCAGGCUGGCGUCGUGUCCACAGGCCUGAUCCAGAAUGGAGACUGGACCUUCCAGAUCCUGGUGAUGCUGGAAACAGUUCCUCAGAGUGGAGAGGUCUACACCUGCCAGGUGGAGCACCCAAGCCUGACAAACCCUGUCACAGUGGAAUGGAGGGCGCAGUCUGGAUCUGCACAGAGCAAGAUGCUGAGUGGAGUGGGCGGCUUUGUGCUGGGUUCGCUCUUUCUUGUGUUGGGGAUGUUCAUCUACUACAAGAAUCAGAAGGGACGCUCUGGACUUCAGCCAACAGGACUCCUGAACUGAGGAGAAGGUGACAACACUGAAGGAAGGACCCA